AUGCCAAAUCAGCAAGUCAGACCACAAGGAGGUGCAUUCCACCAGGCAUCAGGAAGUAGUUCAAAACCAGCAGCGCCUUCAUCAAAUCAAGAGAUGUCACCUUUCGAGAAAGCAAUGAUGGAGUUUAUGAUCAAACAAGAUCAAAAGAUCGAGGCAUGUGAAAAGAAUCAAGCAAUUGCUAUGAGAAAUUUAGAAAAUCAAUUAGUGCAAUUAGCACAAGCACUGAACUCACGAGAACCUGGAACGUUGCCAAGUAACACCCAAAAUCCAGUUAAUGUCAAUGAUAAGAGGCAAUAUGAUGAAAAAGAGUAUGUCGAGAUUGAGGACAUAACCGAUGAGGAGUACGGGCAGAAGAAACCGAACAAGGAAGGUCCAAGAAGUUCAAGUCCAAGUGUUGGAAAUGAAAAGAAAGCCCAGGAAAAAGAUGCUCGAAUUGGUGCGACAGUUGCACCAACAACCUUACCUUUCCCACCUAGGAAAAGUAAAUCCAAGGAAGAUGAUGGGCAGUUUAAAAAGUUUUUAGAGAUCCUUUCUCAACUUCAUAUCAACAUCCCUUUUGUUGAAGCCUUAAAACAAAUGCCCACAUAUGCAAAGUUUAUGAAGGAUAUUCUUACAAAGAAAAGAGUUUUUGGAGAAUUUGAGACUAUUGCAAUGACAAAAAGUUGCACAUCAAUAAUCCAAAACAAAUUGCCUGUGAAAAAGGAUGAUCCAGGUAGUUUUGUUCUACCAUGUAGAAUUGGAAAGUUAGAUAAGAUAGGCUUAUGUGAUUUGGGAGCAAGCAUAAAUUUGAUGUCUUUGUCUAUUUUCCAAAGAUUGGGAAUUGGAGAAGCUAGGCCAACCACUAUCUCACUCCAACUGGAAAAUCAAUCAGUGGUAUAUCCAGAAGGUAAAACUGAGGAUAUUGUUAUCAAAAUCGACAAUCUCUUUGUUCCUGGGGAUUUUAUCAUUUUGGAUUACGAAGCCGAUGACGAUUGUGGAAUAAUUUUGGGAAGACCAUUUUUAGCUACAGCUGGAGAUUUGAUUGAUGUGUAA